GGAAGUGACGCGCUCGGAGGUUCCCACCCUCGCCCGCCUCCCGGCAGGGAAAGACGGAGCGGGAGGCGGAGGACGGAAGAGCGGGGAAAAGACUCCGGCGCCGCCCCUCCCCCUCCCGCCGCGGGAAAGAAGGGUUAUUCUCAGAAGCCGCGCACACAGGUACCCCCGGGGGGGCUUCCCUCUCUGCUCAGCCCCCCCCCAUCCCUCCUGACCCCCAGCGCUGCCAUGGCCGCCCCAGCCAACGCACAGACCACCAGCAAGACCUGGGAGCUCAGCCUGUACGAACUUCACCGCACCCCCCAGGAGGCCGUCAUGGACGGGACGGAGAUCGCGGUGUCCCCCCGCAGCCUCCACAGCGAGCUGAUGUGCCCCAUCUGCCUGGACAUGCUGAAGCACACCAUGACCACCAAGGAGUGUCUGCACCGCUUCUGCUCCGAUUGCAUCGUCACUGCCCUGCGCAGCGGGAACAAGGAGUGCCCCACCUGCCGGAAGAAGCUGGUGUCCAAGCGCUCCCUGCGUCCCGACCCCAACUUCGAUGCCCUCAUCUCCAAGAUCUACCCCAGCCGCGACGAGUACGAAGCCCACCAGGACCGGGUGCUGGCCAAGCUCAACCGGCUGCACAACCAGCAGGCCCUGCGCAGCAGCAUGGAGGAAGGGCUCAAGAUGCAGGCCAUGAACCGGGGGCAGCGGGUUCGGAAGCACCCGCAGGAGUCGGACAACACCACCUUCAGUGGGGCAGAAGACAACUGCGACAGCCGGUCCCACCUCAGCAACGCCUCGGCCCCCAGUCAGCCGGAGGCUGGGCCCAGCUGCAAGCGCUCGCGGGCCUCGGACGAGUCGUGCGCCGAGCCCGAGACCUCCCACGAGGGAGGGCGCGGCAGCCCUGAACCCGGGGCCGACUCCGGUAGCAGUGAGAUCGAGCUGGUUUUCCGGCCUCACCCAGUCCUGGUGGAGAAGGGGAGCUACUCCCAGACCAGGUACGUCAAGACCACGGCCAACGCCACGGUGGACCACCUGUCCAAAUACCUGGCCCUGCGCAUUGCCCUGGAGGAGACCCCUGGCCUGGGCCCCGAGCCCCCCGCCCUGGACGAUGUCAGCGAGAAGCAGUACACCAUCUACAUCACCACCACGGCCGGAGGGGCCUUCUCGACGCUGAACGGCUCUGUGACUCUGGAACUGGUGAACGAGAAAUACUGGAAGCUGAGCAAGCCCCUGGAGCUCUACUACGCCCCCACCAAGGAACAGAAAUAACCGGGGUGGGGGCCCCAACCUGAUGGACAGCAACCGGGGGACAGGUGGGGGGGGCACCUCUCUUGCCUUCAAGGUGCCUCUUCAAGAAGCUGCUUCGCGGGGGGGGGGGAGCGUCACAUGUCCCCCCCCCCAACCUUCCAAGGUCAAUGGGGAAGGGCAGAGAGGCCCUUGCUUUUCGGUUCCCCCUCCCAGGGAGGCCUGGGGGGAGGGGGCUCCUGCCCUCCCUGCCCCGCUCUUCCAAUGGUGGGGGGGGGAUGAGGAGCGAUGUGGGGGGGCAAAGAUUGUUUCCUGCCUUUUUACAGCUGUUUUUGUG